AAAUUUCCCACAAAGGCAGAAAAAUUUUAAAAAAAAGAAAGGAAGGCCAGGGAAAAAGCUAUGAUAAAAACAUCAUUUGUUGCAACAUUUUUAGUUGAUUGAUGCCCACUCUCUAGCUCCCGUAGCUCUGAUGGAGAGAUAGGGGGAAAGGAGAAAAAAAAAAGGCAAAGAAAAGAAAAGAGGCUUCUCUUUCUCUCUUUUAUCUUUCUCAUUCAUGUAUCUUCUCUUUCCUUCCCCACUUGUUUCUUCUUCAGCUCCAAUCUCCUCUUCUCCUCCUCCUCCUCCUCCUCUCUCUCUAUGAGAGUUGCAGAGAGAGAAGGAGCCAUGAAGAACACCAUCAGGUGCUGCAUCUCUUGCAUUCUUCCAUGCGGCGCCCUCGACGUUGUUCGCAUAGUACACUCCAAUGGCCAUGUUGAAGAAAUCAGUGGCACCAUUACAGCCAGCGAGAUCAUGAAAGCCCAUCCGAAGCACGUAUUGAAGAAACCCUCCUCCUCAUCCGAAGAAGGGGUUGUUCCAAAGAUAGUGGUAGUGCCUCCCGACGCAGAACUCCAACGUGGGAAGAUCUAUUUUCUCAUGCCCAUCCCCCACCCCGAAAAGACUCGAUCGAGAUCGUCGACACGGAAGAAGAGAAGAGAUUCCGAAAGCAACAACACCAACACCCACCACCACCACAGCAACACCGCCAACAACACCAUAUCAAUGACAAACCUUCUCAUUUCUGAUCGGUACUUGAGUGAAAUCCUUUCGGAGAAGAUAUCAACACAGAGGGAUCGAAGGCGGGGGCGUGUGGGUGUGUGGAGGCCUCAUUUAGAAAGCAUCUCCGAGACACCAAGUGAUCUGUGACAUAUGUGGUGAUUUAUGAUUCUUCUUCUUCAUCAUCUUCUUCUUCUCCUCCUCCUCCUCCUCCUCCUCCUCCUCAUGAUUCAUUCUCAUAUUUUAAAGAAAAGAUUACCCACCUCUUCUUCCUCUUUUUUUUUUUUUCUUCCCUUUCUUCCCUUCUCUUUUGUACAUAAGCAUAGAAGAAUAAUAUGCAAAAGUCCUACGAGGGCUUGAAUAUUAUAUAUGUUGAAUGCCCACGAACAGUUCCUGUAGGGUCUCAGCACCGGAGACGGCCAUAAUUUGCGUCACAGUCACCAGAAUUGGGAUUGCCUUUUUGAGCUUCAUUCAAGUUCGCUUAAGUGCAUAUAUUUAUUUAUGGGGACUGUAAUUUUGUAAUGUGAAGAGAGAAGAAAGAUUUAUUGGAAGUUUUUGUUUUGUUCUGUGAGAGGAAGAAGAAGAAGAAGAAGAAGAAGAAGAAUGUUAUCGAGAGAGAGAGAGAGAAAGAGAGAUCCAAGUUGUUAGUGUUUGUGUUUGGCAGGUAUGUGUGAAUAAUAUUGAAAGGUGAUUUUGCUGCGAUGAUUA